AUAAAUAUUUAUAGUACUUACUGUUAUUUAAUAGUCGAUCACAACAACAUAAUAAUUUUUUAUAAAAAAAUAAGCAAUAUCGUGCGCAUGUGGUCGUAGUUUGGCUUAUUGAUUUUGAAUUCGCGCCUGCGACCAGUUUAGUUUCAUCGUCGGCAAUUGGUGGCAGCACGGUGCUCGUUCGGUGCUCGGAUCCAGUCGUCCUCUGACAUCUGUUGAUGUUGUUAUCAAUCCGAUUGAAAAUGCCUUUAAAUCCUUCAAAAAUGUUGACGGGGAAUCUCCGCGGGGCUCCGUUUCGAAUCAAUUCCGACCAGUCGAGGUAAAAGACGGCCGCCGUCGUACUUGGACGAUAAUCGCGCGCGCGUGUGUGUGAUCAUGUCGAUGAAAAAUUUAAUCAACAACUAUAAUUCCUCGCCGUUACCAGUUCCCCUGUCGUGGUGGUGAUUUUAGGGGAUAUGGGCGCGAAACCGAGUAGUGCUAACGGGACCCAAAGCCCACGGACUCGGGCCUUCUCAACGAGUAGCAGCUCGGAGGUGGUGGCGGCGGCCCCGGCGGGCUUCCGUCUACUCCGCUCGUUGCCGGGGAUGGACGUUUCGAACGAUAGGCAACGGGCCAGGUCCCUUUCGAGCGUUCCUGACCUUCACGGGAGUCGCGAAGCGAUUGCCAUACCAGCUACGGGGGCCUCUUUUGAUGCUUCGAAUGGUGCAAGCCCCGAAACAGAUAGUAGUUCCACCGAAGAGGCUGAAGCUAAUUUAAACUCGAACGCCGCCGGUAUUGCCCUUGGAAGGGUUUAUGCUGCACAUUCGUUACCCUCACACAUUUGGUCCUUAAAUGGAAUUAAAUGCCCUAUGUGCAGCAAAUUUGUCAUUCCUGACGAUGAUAUUGAGUGCCAUCUGGUUAUGUGCCUAACGAAACCACGACUUUCCUACAACGAAGACAUUUUGACUGAUGAUAAAGGCGAAUGUGUGAUUUGCUUAGAAGAAUUAAGUCAAGGCGAUGUGAUAGCUCGAUUACCAUGUUUAUGUAUAUACCAUAAAGGAUGUAUAGAUCAAUGGUUCGAAAUAAACCGUUCGUGUCCCGAACAUCCAGGCGACUAGCAUAGUUUAAAAUCGACGUCGUUGAAGAAGCAGCCGCCGCCGCCGCCCGCAAUUGACUGUAAAUAUGUAAAUAACCGAUCGUCGUGGAACCAACUUAGCUUUUUCAGCCUCCGCCUCCUCCUUCAGUGGUUGUGGUUCGAAAUGGGGCCGCUAAAAUCGGAAUCUUUGUGGAUAAUUUAUGCGAUAAAGCCCCAAAAUUCUACAAUCACAUCUCGCACGUAAACUGUUACACCCAAUAUUGUUAAUUUAAAAAAAGAAAAGAAAAUGAAGAGGAUUAUUAAACAAAAACAACUGUAAAUUUACAUAUCAUAUUUUCAUUCAAAUUGAUAAACUCACACUCUUUUCGCGUAUUAAAGAAUUAAAGAAGAUUGAAAUAAAGAAUUUCAAGAUAAAUGUAAAAUAGUAACGUAAAAUAUAAAUGUGUGUAGCGGAUAUUUAAAGAAAAAAUUAAUAAUUAUAAACUAAAGUAAUAAAUUUUCUUUGGGAGACUAGGAUUUUUGGACCAAAAUACUAAUUCUACGUUGUAGUGUCCAAAAAAAAAGAAUAAUAAUAACAAACAUCAUCUGAAAGGAAAAAUUAUGAAUGAUUUAAAAACGCUUCGUUUGAAACCUAGUUUUCUCCAAAAUGAUUUCAUCGAAAAAACGAAAAGAAAUAAAUUAAAAGAAAUAAAUAGAAACGUAAGUUUGGAGUAGACAGUUUCCGUGAGAAAGAGAUAUUUUUGAUACUUUCAUAUGGUAAGGCGAGCUUUCGAUGUGUUUCCGUUCUCGUAAUAAAAAAAAAAGAAAAAUAAAUAAAUAGGACUUAGUCAAUUAAUGGUAUAAAAAGCGCUAACCCUUCGUUUCCACCCGCAACUAAACCGUUUUAUUUUAUUUUUAUUUUAUUUUAUUAUUUUUUUUGUAUAAUUUUACGUUAUAUUGUGUGAUUAUUAAAUAAAAAAUAUGCAAAGCGAAUUAAUUCUUUAAGAAAAAAAAUGAAAAAUUUUGCAUGUUUUGUUAUUAAGCCCUUCGUUUAAGUUGUUGUAAAAACCCCGAGAAGAAUUUAAUCGCACGUUUCUAACAGAAUGUAAAUUAAAAGCUAAAUUUGUUUAAAACUCUUUUUAAUAAAGCAAAUUAUAGACGCAAAGCAUAAAUAAUAAAGAACCGAUUUGGAAAUGUGCACAAAACUACUACCUACUACUACCUAUUACUAUUAAAUGUAAAAAAGAAAUAAAUAGUUUAAAACCAAAGACCUUAGUGAGUAAAAAGAAAUAAAACAAGUUGGUUUGGAAUUUUUUAUUAAAAGUGAGACGACAAAGCGACGCCGACGUGCUGAUAAAAUAAAAUGAUUAAAUAAAAGAAAUGAACUCGUUAACUAUUAAGGUGCUAACUGUGGUUUAAUUAGUGAUAAUUCUUUUGUAAAAUAACCUGUUACCUGUUGAGAAUUAAAACAAUUUUUUUUUAUUUUUAAUUUUUCUAAUCUAAGUUAUUUUCUUCAAUUCAAGCGAGAUGCGAUCGCGGUGUUUUCUUGUUCUCGAUAAAUUGUUUUGAUUCUAUUUGAUGAUAUAUUAUAAUAAUUAUUAUUGUUUUUAUACAGCCCUUAGACGUAGCAGAAAAACUAACUUUUUUUUUAUUAUUAUUUUAGAAAUUGUUAUGUAUAUGCGAUAAUACACUGUAACGUUUUAGUAAAUUAAUAAAAAAAAUACAUUUGAGAA